AUGGGGAGGGAAAGAAUAAAAAACCUUGUGACCUCUGGUGAAGGCUCUUCCGCAAGGCCAUGGCCAUCGAUGGACUUUGAAGUAGACAGCAUGUCGAGCAGGAAGAACACAAGCGUGAAGUGCAGCAGCUGCGGCGCGCGCCUGGUCGUGCCGCCGCAAGCUCAGACCAUCUGUUGCGCCGCCUGCCGCGCCACCACUAACGUGGGGAGGUCCCGAGACCCGGUCCGGCAAGCUGUGGGCAUCGUCAAAGCCGUGGUGCUGAACAUCUGCAGCAGCAUCAGCUCCCUGAGCUCCUCGUCGUGGAGCAGCGGGUCGAGCUCUUACGGGUACCCGACGAUGGGUCAGCCGUCGAGCUUUCCCCGGGUUCGUGGGAAGAAGAGGGCGGUUCUCGUCGGCAUAAGCUACGCUGGGCGGCAGUACGAGCUCAAGGGGACGGUGAAUGACGUCAACUGCAUGCGGUACAUGCUGACUGAGAAGUUCGGGUUUCCAGCGGAAUGCAUCCUGGUGCUCACCGAAGGGGAGAGGGACCCGAACCGGGUGCCGACGAAGGAGAACUUGCGGGCGGCGAUGCGGUGGCUGGUGAGCGGGUGCGUGGCCGGUGACUCCCUGGUGUUCCACUUCUCGGGCCACGGCGUCCAGAGGCUGGACUCCAGCGGCGACGAGAUGGACGGCUUCGACGAGGCGCUCUGCCCCCUGGACUUCGAGUCCAACGGCACCAUCAUGGACGACGAGAUCAACGACACGCUCGUCCGGCCGCUCCGCCGCGGCGUCAAACUCCACGCCCUCGUCGACGCCUGCCACAGCGGCACCAUCCUCGACCUCCCCUACCUCUGCCGGCUGUCCAGGGCGGGGUAUUACCAGUGGGAGAAUCACACCGCACCAUCAGGCGUAUACAAAGGCACGAACGGAGGAUUGGCUAUAUUGAUCAGUGGCUGCGAUGACCACCAGACCUCAGCGGACACCUCGGCAUUUGCAGGCUCGGCUUCCACGGGUGCCAUGACCUACAGCUUCAUACAAGCUAUCGAAAGUGAACCAGGAACUACCUAUGGUCGCUUGUUGACGGCCAUGCGCGCCGCAAUUCGUGCGUCCGGCAUAGGCAUUAGCAUCAAUGGCCCAAUUGCUUCUCUUAUGAGGAAAGUGUUCAACUUCGGGUCAACUCAGGUGCCUCAGCUAUCUUCCUCGGAGAUGUUUGACAUCUACCGCAAGCCAUUUCUCCUAGUACCCACCUUCUUCUCCGGGGAGGUGUCGAUGGGAAUGUGCUGCUCAUCCAACGCCCGGUAAAAUCAAUCGGGUUUU